UAUUUGAUUGUUUUAGUUACAAUUUACUUUGACGAUAAAGUUUUUACACCAUAUAAAGGGUUCUUAUAAACGAGUCGUGGUUAAAGUUUAACCUAGUUUUUUUCCAACCUUUUUACCUUCUUACCCUGUGUAGCUCAGGGUCACAUUUAGAUGCCUGAGCUAUAAAAUGCUCUGCUAAAUUUAGAUUAUUUUUUUCCCCCCUUUCUGAAGCUCUUGCAGGAUUUUAUGAAAAUUAAAAUUAAAAAAUUCAAACUGGCCAAUCAGACUUCUGUCAAAGAUGACAGAAAUCUGAUACAUCCUUAACCUUACUAUCUGUAGACAUGCAUACGUAUAUAAAUAACACACUGAGUGAGCUCAUGCGGAUAUGUAACAAUUACUAACAAUUGUGUUAAGACAGCAAUCGGCUCCACUCUGACCAUCGAUUAGUUGCAACCUCUCUGGCAAGGUACUUGCUUUUUCUCCAAAACUCAACUAGUUACUUACUGCAGGUAAGAUAAUGAUUUUCAUGACUUUCUCCUUAAAAUCUGACAGAAUAAAAUGUUCAUGCUGACCUUUUAAAAUGAAACUAGGAAACCUAAUGUAGCUAAUCCAUUAGAAUCUGUAAUUCUUUUCCAACUGAUUGAUUAAAUAUAUUUUAUUAAUGAAAUUGACAUAAUUUCUUUUGCAGGUAGACAUUAAAUUGAUGACCAAAAAUCUACUUUUGUUCAUCAGUAACUAAAAACAAUAAAUUAUCUGACUUUUUUAAUUGACUGAGUCAAAGCCUCCAGAUUGCUGCAUAAAACAAUUACACAAUUCAUUGCCGCUGUUCACGGCAAUGAAUUGAUAUAAUCCAAAUCUUCUGAAUUUUUGUUUAUCUUUCUGCUUAUUUAUUUCUUAUUUCUGUGUUGUUUUGUUGUGCGGAAAUAAUUGCACUUCUGUCAGUGCUCAUGAGAGCUUCUUGUUUCAUAGAGCAGGUUGAUGAGGUGGCAGAAUAACAGACCUUAACUUUGCUGAUUAUCAGGCAUUAGCUUUAUUACUUGUGGUCUUCGAACCUCACAGGCUUUGUCCUUGAUGGUUUUUGUGAUAAGGCCGGCUGAUUUAAUAGAUAUUUUAUUACUUUAGUCAUCAAAAGUAAUGUGACUAAUAUAUUUAUAGACUUUCCAUGGCAAUUUCCAAAAAUAGCUAUUGCCACUAAUUUGCUAGGAGAGAUUAGUACGGUAGUCAAUUGCUAAGCUUAGUUAGGUUUUGUUUCGUUUUGUCCAAAGAUGAAAGGACCUGGUGAGGCAAGUGGAAAUCUUGAUUCAGUCGAGACUUUGCUCAAUUUGAUUUAUAAACUCAACCCCUCUAGUCGCCUUACCAACUUUGACAUAUCUUCAUGUUUCAUAAUAGGCAUUAAUGAUUAGAAAACUGUUAAGCUUAAUUAUUUACUUUAAAUCGAUUCAAAGCUACACUUUUCCUUGAGCUAAUACAUACUUUUCUUGGAUUUCCUGCUAUGUGGUUUUUGGCCAUUACCUUAAAUGAAUAUUAACUUUUUCAUUGAAGACCUUAGGGUGAGCAAUUUCAGAGCGUUUGUUAACAUUAAUGCAUAUAUGAAGCUCUAAAAUGACACCAGAUUCUUUUAGAAAAUGUGUGUGUUUCUAUGUGGAGUGUACAGCUGAAAAGCAUGUGUUAUUUUUUCCUCUGACAUGCAGUGAGCAACAACAGCAAACAGAAAAGUGAUGGCAUUUUCCUAAAUCUUUAAACUUUUGUAGUCUUAUCCAUCCGUUAUUUUCCGGUUAUCUGGGGUUGGGUUGCGAGGGGAACAGUCUAACUAGGGACCCCUAGACUUCCCAGCCACUUUGGCCAGCUCCUAAGGAGAAAUCACAAGGUGUUCCCAGGGAAACAUAGUCCCUCCAGCGUGUCCUGGGUCAUCUAGGUCUCCUCCUGGUGGACGUGUCCAAAUCACUUCACCAGGGAAGUGUUCAGGAGGCAUGAAAACCAGAUGCCCAGGUCACCUCAAACUGGCUCCUCACAACGUAGAGAAGCAGUGACUCUACACUGAGUCCUUCCUGAGUGACCGAGCUUCUCACCUUUUCUUUAAGAGAGCACAGACAGCCUGUGGAGGAAACUCAUUAACUCAUUUCAGCUGCUUGUAUCAUCAAUCUUGUUCUUUUGGUUACUACCUUAAAGCUCAUGACCAUAGAUGAGGGUACGAAUGUAGAUCGACCAGUAAAUUGAGCUUACCUCUUCACCCCAACAGAGUGGUACAGUCACCAAGGUCACCAAAACGGAUCUCUUCAACAUCUAGGGUGGGUCUAGAAAUGUUGUUCAUAAAGAUUAUGAACAGAAUUGGUGACAAACGGGAACCUUGUUGGAGUCCAAUUGUCACUGGAAACGAGCCCGACUUAUUGUUACGAAUUUGAACUAAGCUUUGACACCAGUCAACUCUUUCAAUAUGCAAGAUAAUUUGCCUUAUGAAAGAUGUCAUACCAUUUGAACUUUUUCACUUUUUGCCACAUUACAGCCAGACUUUAUUGUAUUUGUUGGGAUUUUAUGUGACAGACCAAGAAAGAGUAACUAUGUGUGUUGAAAAACAAACACACAUUGCUCUGGAGGCAACAUCCUCAAGGUGAUACAGGUGGCGGCACCAUUAUACUUUGGUUUUCUUCCACAUGGAAUGGUGAAUAAGGGACAGAGGCGUUAUUGGCUCUAGGAUAGUGAGAACUAAAUCAUAUCCCACUACUUAGCAUUGCAAAGAACAGGGGAAGGUUUGGUGAAUCAGCAAAAGUCUUCCCUUCCCGGCAUAUAGCCACAAAACAAACUCAAAAAUAUCAAUACAGAGCAUUACUCACAUAUUUGUUGUGAAAACAAACUGUCGUGAUCUGAUUGAGAAGACGAAUGUUAGUUGUUUAGUCUAUUAUAUGGCAACGUCCUUAUUUCUCCAGCAUGACUCGGCCUUUGUCAUGAUUGCAGAAAAUCAUUCCAACCUUGUUUUGAUGCUGAUGAGCCCUGCUGUACAGUUGUUUGUCUUCUUUCAGUAGUCACAUAAAAACACGUGCUGGAGCAUACUUCUUUUGUCAGCAAACAAUGCAGCCAAGGUCAGAUUUCAAGUCAUUAGCUGGGCUUUCACUGUGCACAUAAAUCACUGUGGUGUAUCAGUAAUAAGGAAGUUUACCUGUUAAGAGGGCCUUUAAUGGCUCUUUAGAAGUCAUGUGAAGUGCCUUGGGCAUAUUCCUGUAAUUUGUAGUCUUAUAUUAACUCUCAUUUUCCUCACGAAUGAGGACAUUUCUCUUGAGCCAGCUAGCUCUCUCUAACUUACUUCUUUCAAUAAACGGAGCAUAGAGAGUCAUUAGAGACAUUUAUUCCGUCAGUUAUACAACUAUUAUGGGUUCAAUAUCUUAAUACAUGUCAGGCUACUCCUCCUGGCUUUAUCUUUACUGAUUGCACUGGGAUAUAUAUAGACAGAAAUACCAGUUGUAAAAAUGAAGACUUUUCUGUCAUUCGUGUUUCUGUUUUAGUUGCAGGCAUUAUAAAAGUGCUGAACCUUGAAACUUUUCCUACUGUAACUUUUUCUAGUGGAAAUCUCCACAUGUUUAUAUGUCCUGGUGAUUCAUGCAAAAGAGCCUCCAGAUCUGAGGAAAUACUACUCACAGUGCCAUAAAGUGCAGCCACCGAACAACAUGUGCCAUUCAGCAUAUAAUAUUAGUAAUCAAUUUUCCAGAACUCAAGCAAUGAGCACCUUUAUCUCUCGUUUGCCGUUUAUGACUUGGGUUAAUGAUUAAGCAACGUCUUUGUGUCCCCUAGGAUGGAGGACAUAUCUGACCCCCUUCGUUAAGUUUUCUGAGGGUUGAUCCGAGGAGUUAACCAAUAGCUGGCAGUCGGCGUAUGGCCAUGAGUAUAAAGGUGGGCCACUUGGGAGUUGGCAAGUUCAUGCGGAGAUCUCUAUAAAUCUAAUCACUGCCUAGUUUUUGCUUUCAAUAGUCAAGGAUCACUGAUCCUCAGAUCUACACCUGCUACUGAGUCGUUGGAUGUCUGAAGACUGCUGUUUUACUAUUUACAUACUUGACCUCUGAGAAUCUUGUCCAGCAUUCAUAAUGGAGAGGCUGAAGUCAAACGGAGGGAGUCAUGUCAACUCAGCUUUUGAUUCCAACCUUGGUGACCCUCCGAUCUAUGAAGAGACCGAAUUCUCCAACAACGAGCACCGGACGGUCAGACCCUCUGUGAUGAGUGCUUUCGGGCACGACACUUUAGACCGGGUGCCCAACAUCGACUUCUACCGUAAUGCCGGCAGCGUGAGUGGUCACCGAGCGGUGAGACCAUCCUUGCAGGAACUCCAUGAUGUUUUCCAGAAGAAUGGGGCGAUCUCUGUACCUGAAACGGUGACAGAUGAUGGCGAGGGGAGCGAAGGGACCCCCUCUGAUGAUCUGGAGUCUGCUGCUCCGAUUGAUGUCACCACAGGAGCAGUGAAGUUUGGCUGGAUAAGGGGGGUUCUGGUAAGAUGCAUGUUAAACAUCUGGGGGGUCAUGUUGUUCAUCCGUCUGUCCUGGGUUUUUGGUCAGGCAGGCUGGGGUCUGGGAAUUGUGGUCAUCGCUCUCAGCUGUGUGGUCACCACCAUCACAGGUCUCUCCAUGUCCGCCAUUUGCACUAACGGAGUUGUUAGAGGAGGAGGAGCUUACUACUUGAUAUCACGCAGCUUGGGACCAGAAUUUGGAGGGUCGAUUGGACUCAUUUUCGCUUUCGCCAACGCAGUAGCUGUGGCCAUGUAUGUGGUGGGCUUUGCAGAGACGGUGGUGGAUUUGCUCAAGGAAUAUGCCCAUCUGAUGGUAGAUGAAAUGAAUGACAUCAGGAUCAUCGGCUGCAUUACAGUGGUGUUGCUCUUGGGCAUUUCGGUGGCUGGGAUGGAAUGGGAGGCAAAGGCCCAAAUUGUUCUCCUCGUGAUCUUGCUGGUGGCCAUAGUGAAUAUGUUUGUAGGAACAGGAAUUCCUGCAACUGAAGAUAAGAAAUCAAAGGGCUUCUUUGGAUACAACGCAAAAAUUUUUAUGGAGAACUUUAAGCCAGAUUUUAGGGAUGGUGAAACAUUUUUCUCAGUGUUUGCCAUCUUUUUCCCUGCGGCCACCGGUAUCCUGGCUGGAGCAAACAUCUCUGGAGACUUGCGGGACCCCCAGGCUGCCAUACCCAAAGGUACAUUGUUGGCCAUCUUCAUCACUGGUAUCACUUACCUCGCAGUGGCACUUUGUGUCGCCGGUACCGUUGUCCGGGAUGCCACAGGAAACAUGACCGACCUUGCUACUCCUGGGAUUCCUUGUAAUGGCUCAUCAGUAACUGCCUGUGAACUUGGCUAUAAUUUUUCUUCUUGCGAAACAGAGCCAUGCAAGUUUGGCUUGAUGAACAACUUCCAGGUAAUGACCAUGGUGUCUGGGUUUGGUCCCCUCAUCAUUGCAGGAACCUUCUCAGCCACACUUUCGUCAGCCCUGGCCUCUCUUGUUAGUGCUCCUAAAGUCUUCCAGGCUCUGUGCAAAGAUAACAUCUACAAAGCUCUGCACUUCUUUGCCAAAGGACACGGAAAGAACAACGAGCCGAUCCGAGGCUACGUCCUCACCUUCCUCAUUUCCGUCGCCUUCAUUCUCAUUGGUGAUCUCAACACCAUCGCUCCGAUCAUCUCAAACUUCUUCCUGGCAUCUUACGCACUCAUCAAUUUCUCUUGUUUCCAUGCUUCCUACGCCAAGUCUCCAGGCUGGAGACCGGCGUAUAAAUACUACAACAUGUGGCUGUCUCUGCUGGGAGCCCUGCUCUGCUGUGUCGUUAUGUUUGUCAUCAACUGGUGGGCCGCUCUGCUCACAUAUGGCAUCGAAAUUCUGCUCUACAUUUACGUCACAGUCAAGAAGCCAGACGUGAACUGGGGGUCGUCCACACAGGCGGUGACCUUUGUGAGUGCAGUCAGCAAUGCUUUGUCUUUAUCUGGUGUGGAAGAUCAUGUCAAGAACUUCAGGCCUCAGAUCUUGGUUCUAACUGGGUCAGUGCGGGCCAGGCCAGCCCUCCUGGAUUUGGCUCACUCUUUCUCCAAAAACUACGGACUCUGUCUCAGCUGUGAGGUUUUGGUGGGUCCAAGAUCUGAGAUAAUGCCAGAGAUGAACAAUGGGAUGGAAAGGAACCAGCAGUGGCUCCAUAAGAACAAACGCAAAGCCUUUUAUGCUGCUGUGGCUUGCGACAAUUUCAGGGAAGGUGCAGAAACUCUGCUGCAGGCUUCCGGUCUUGGCCGCAUGAAGCCUAACACGUUCAUGAUCGGCUUCAAGAGGAACUGGAGAACGGCAGAAACAGACGCAGUGCAGAGCUAUGUGGGACUACUGCACGAUGCAUUUGACUUUGAAUAUGGGACACUGGUGCUGAGGAUGAACCAGGGACUGGAUGUGUCACACCUUAUAGAAGAAGAAGAGGAAAUGCUGAAGGCGGCAAAGGAGCAGCAAGCCCUGGAUAAUGAGAUGAUGUCAAACGGGGGGAAAACAAAGGGACUCUUCAGGAAGUCCAGACAUUCAUCUCAGCAAGUGCUCACAACUAGAGUGUCGGUGUGUGGACCCCCGCCUCCUCAGGUUGCCAAAAUGAACGAGAAGCUGGUGGAGGCCAGUGGUCAAUUUAAAAAGAAACAACCUAAAGGCACCAUUGAUGUGUGGUGGCUGUUUGAUGACGGGGGUCUGACGCUGUUGCUUCCCUACAUCCUCACCACCAGGAAGAAGUGGAAAGACUGUAAACUCAGAAUCUUUAUUGCAGGGCAGCCUGGACGAACUGAGAUAGACAAGCAGGAGAUGAGGUCUCUGUUGCAGAAAUUCAGAAUAAAGUGCAGUGACAUCAUCGUCGUCGACGACAUCCACAUCAAACCCCGCAAUGACAACAUAAAGAAACUAGAAGACAUGAUUGAGCCGUUCCGUCUGCAUGAGGGGACUAAAGGCAGGGAUCAGGCUGCGGGGAUCCAGAAGGAGUAUCCCUGGAAAAUCACUGAUGCAGAGCUCAGCAGCUUUGAAGAGAAGACGCACCUCCAGGUACGACUGAACGAGCUCCUUCAGGAACAUUCCAAAUCGGCCAAUCUGAUUGUUUUGAGCCUGCCCAUCGCUCGUAAGGGAACCAUCUCUGAUUUUCUCUACAUGGCCUGGCUGGACAUCUUGACAAAAGACCUCCCACCCACUAUGCUCGUCAGGGGCAACCACAAGAGUGUUCUUACUUUCUACUCGUGAGCACCUUAAAGGCCAAACACCGAAGAACAAUGUUGCUGGAAGGGGGAUUACAAAGGCAAAACUUUGAACUACAUAUUCAUAAAGGGUACAGGCGCAUGAGCGAGACUGUCUUCCAGACCCACAUCAGUCAUACAGUCAUACGUUCUGAUUAUCAAUUUGGG